UAGAGAGAGAGAGAGAGAGAAUAUCCAUCCAUCCUCUCUCUCCUCGCCUUCGUCUUUCUUUUCUUCUUCAACCUAAUAAAUAAAUUCACUCCCCUAAAUAAUAAUAACAUUACGAUCAUCCAAAACCCUAGAUCUUCAUUCUUCAUGGAGCCUCGUGUCGGCAAUAAGUUUCGUCUCGGCCGUAAAAUUGGCAGUGGAUCCUUCGGUGAGAUCUAUCUAGGCACUAAUGUUCAGACGAAUGAAGAAGUUGCAAUUAAGCUUGAAAAUGUCAAGACAAAACAUCCUCAGCUGCUGUAUGAGUCCAAGUUAUACAGAAUAUUACAGGGAGGAACUGGUGUUCCAAAUGUGAGGUGGUUCGGCGUGGAGGGAGAUUAUAAUGUUCUUGUGAUGGAUUUGCUUGGGCCCAGUCUUGAGGAUUUAUUCAAUUUCUGCAGCAGGAAACUUUCUCUCAAAACGGUUCUCAUGCUUGCAGAUCAAAUGAUCAAUCGUAUUGAAUUCGUUCAUUGUAAAUCGUUUCUACAUCGAGAUAUCAAGCCAGACAAUUUUCUUAUGGGUUUGGGACGACGUGCAAAUCAGGUCUACAUCAUUGACUUUGGUCUGGUCAAGAAAUACAGGGAUACUACAACUCACCAGCACAUACCAUACAGAGAGAAUAAAAACUUGACUGGGACUGCAAGAUAUGCAAGCAUGAAUACCCAUCUUGGGAUCGAACAAAGCAGGCGGGAUGAUCUAGAAUCUCUUGGAUAUGUACUAAUGUAUUUCUUAAGAGGAAGCCUUCCUUGGCAAGGGCUAAAAGCAGGAAACAAGAAACAGAAGUACGAGAAAAUUAGUGAGAAGAAGGUUUCUACGUCGAUUGAGGCCUUAUGCCGUGGUUAUCCAACAGAGUUUGCAUCAUACUUUCAUUACUGCCGUUCUUUACGGUUUGAGGACAAACCUGAUUAUGCUUACCUGAAGAGAAUAUUCCGCGACCUCUUUAUCCGUGAAGGGUUUCAGUUUGAUUAUGUUUUUGAUUGGACGAUUUUGAAGUAUCAGCAAUCACAGAUUGCUGCUCCACCUACUCGUGGCCUUGGUAUGGGUGCCGGGCCAAGUUCUGGGACACCACCUGUUAUUCCAAACGGUGAUAGGCAGACGGGUGAGGAAAGUGGGAGACAGACUGGCUUAUCUUCAUUGGAUCCUUCUCGAAGGAGAAGUUCUCCACAAGUCACUAACUCGGGUAAUCUACUCCAUAGGGAAAAGAGUCCAGUUGCUAAUGAUGCUGCUGCUACAACCAGCACAGAUGCUAUGAGAGCAAGCGGAUCAAUGAGGCGGAGUAAUGAUGUGGAGCCACCUAGUCGGUCCCGCGUCUCCGAGACAUGGCAGAGAAGUUCACCACAACCUGGAUCCUCAGAUCCAAGAAACAGGAAUGUAGCUGCAACAAAGUAUGAAACUACUCUCAAAGGAAUGGAGUCUCUAAAUUUUGAAGAUGAAGAUAGGAGGGCCCAUUAAAGGAGUUGUAAAUUGUAAACACUUUUUCCAUAAAACAAAGAAACAGAAACCUCCUUCAAAACGGGCAUGUGGUGGUGGGGGAAAUUGGUAUCUCUCUUGGUAAUGAAAAAUCUAUCUUACAGAAGUGUAAAUCUGUAGCAUUUAUGAAUUCUAUUUUUUUUACAACUCUUUAUCUGACUUGUUUUAAUAGUAAAAAUGUUUACAUUCAUUUCUUGUUUUU